AGAAUUGCAACCAUGGCAUAAAACAGAGUUGGUCUGGUUCAGUGGAGUACUGGAGUUGCCUGUAGUGUAGAUCCAAUUUGUUUUAAAAGCACUUCUGGAAGUCUGAACUCUUCCAUCAUAUUUAAUUGUUUAAAGCUUUAAUUCAUGAUUAUACAAUAAACAGAAGAACAGGUUUUCCCCUCUUCUGUUAUCUUCUGGCUUGAAUUGUUUUUCAUGAUUGCUUUACCUUGUUUGUUUUACAAGGAUGACUAUCUUUUUCUGUUUUCUGUCCCAGAGCUUAAUACUUUGUAUGUGUUUGCACAGCAAAGGAAAAACCUGCAGCUGGCCUUACUUUAGCUGACUUUGGGAUUCUGCAAGGUGGGAGGAUUCCAGGGCUUCAGCUCCAGCUCCGGCAUGGAAAUCUACCUGGCCCCUAGCCCAGAGCCCUGUGAGCCAGUGUUGGCUGAAAUACAAAUAAGGGAACCCACAGAAAAGGAAGUAAAUCUUCAAUUGUUACCAGGUGAAUUGCUGCUCUGUGAGGCAAGCAGAGUAUUAAAAUGUGUACAAGAAGACGGUUCAAAUCGUGGCACCUAUGGGAAACUUAUUUGCACAAACUUCAAGAUUGCUUUUCUUGGUGAUGAAUCUUCUGCAGAUGAUGAACCAGAAUUUAAGAAUAAGAUCAUAGAAGAAAAUGACAUAACUCUGCAUUGUGUAGACCACAUUUAUGGAGUUUAUGAUGAGAAAAAGAAAUCUCUGUUUGGACAACUGAAAAAAUAUCCAGAGAAAUUAAUCAUCUACUGUAAAGAUCUUAGAGUGUUUCACUUCUGUCUGAGGUACACAAAGGAAGAGGAGGUAAAAAGGAUCGUCAGUGGCAUAGUUCAUCAUAGCCAGACUCCUAAGCUACUUAAACGCUUGUUUCUGUUCUCGUAUGCCACAGCCGCACCAACCAAAACAGUCUCUCAAAACCAAACUGUGAUGUUUGAUACUAUUAAGGAUUGGCGUGAAGAGUUGGAACGGACCAAAGGGAACAUGAAAUAUAAAGUAGUGAGUGCCAAUGAAGCCUACAAAGUCUCUGAAAGAUUACCAUUGUAUUUUGUUGUUCCCAUGUCCCUUUCUGAAGAGAGUAUCUUGCAGCACCAAGGAAGAGGCAUUCCAAUUUGGUGUUGGUCUUGCCAUAAUGGUGCUUCUCUUCUCAAAAUGUCUGCUUUUCCCAAAGAACAAGAAGACAACACUUCACAAAUGCACAGAUUGUUUUUGGAUGGAGUUUAUAAGACAAUUCACAAACCACCUUAUGAAGUCUUGAAAACUGAUGACCUUUCAAACAGCCUUCCAUCUCUUCAAGAUAUUCAUGCUGCAUACACUAGAUUUAAACAGCUGUUUCUGAUAGAUAACCGAACAGACUUCUGGGAUACUGAUGUAAAGUGGUUUUCAUUACUGGAGAGCACAAACUGGCUGGAAAUCGUUAGGCGAUGUCUGAAAAAAGCAAUAGAGGUUGUUGAGUAUCUAGAAGGACAGAACACAAACGUUCUCCUUGUAGAGGAGUAUGCCUCUGAUCUGUGCUGUGUGAUCUCCAGUCUAGUUCAGGUGAUGAUGGAUUCACACUACAGAACAAAGUUUGGCUUUCAGAGCCUUAUUCAGAAGGAGUGGGUAAUGGGAGGACAUUGUUUUUUGGAUCGCUGCAACCAUUUACGGCAAAAUGACAAAGAGGAGGCUCCUGUUUUUCUGCUCUUCUUAGAUUGUGUUUGGCAAUUGGUACAACAGUAUCCUCCAGCAUUUGAGUUCACAGAGACCUACUUAACUGUUUUAUCAGACAGUUUAUAUAUACCUAUUUUUAGCACCUUCUUCUUCAAUUCACAGCAUCAAAAGGACACUAAUAUGUCUGGGGAAAGCUACAAUGCACAAAGCAGCCAUUUCAGGUUUCUUACAGUUUGGGAUUGGUCUGUGCAGUUUGAACCCAAAGCACAGGUUUUGCUGAACAACCCUCUUUAUGCAGAGAAGCAAAAACUGGACCGAAGUCAGCGGAAAACUACACGAUUCAAACAUCAACGACAGCUUUCUUUGCCACUGACACAAACAAAAUCUUCUCCAAAAAGAGGAUUUUUUAGGGAGGAAACUGAUAACUUUAUUAAAAACAUUCUGGGCAAAAGAAUUAGCAAACUGAUAAAUUCUUCAGAUGAGCUUCAUAACUCUACAGAGUUCUAUGAUAGCUGGCACUGUAAACCUGUUGACUUCCAUGGUCUUCUGCUGCCUCACAUUGAAGGGCCAGGAAUCAAAGUUUGGGCACAGCGAUAUUUACGAUGGAUUCCUGAAGCACAGCUGGUAGGUGGUGGUAUAGUUGCCACUACAACUAAAGUCUUGGACGUGAUGGAGGAAGUGCAGCGUUUACAGAAGAAAAUGGAUGAAAAACAUAGUCAAACAGUCUUCCAAGGCAGAGAAGUUCUUCCAAUGCUGAGAAAUUCUGCUCGUUUGUCAUCUUUGUUUCCAUUUGCUAUGCUUCAGAGGAAUUCUCUCAAGCCAGUUCUGCCCACCAGCACCUGGAAAGACUUGGAAGAUGAGGAAGACUUGGCCAAGAGAGAUGACGAAUUUGUUGAUUUAGGUGAAGUGAUUUGACAUGACUCAGAUGGCAGAAAUGAAAGUAUUGGCAGAAAUUUCAGUGCGAGUUGUACAUGUUAAACUUCAGGUUUAAAUGUUAUGCUGUGUCCUAACGAUGGAGUUCUUCCUUUGAAGUGUCUGCCUUUGGCUUCAGCCAAUAGGCUAAAAUCUUAACCCAGCUCUUUAGUGCAGGCAUCAUUAGCUAUCACAAUUAAUGUUUUUAUAUUGUCUGUGGGGAAAACAUUGAUAUGGUUCCUUGCUUAGUCUAGCAAUGUUUACUGCAGACAGAUAUAAGGGUUGAAGAGAGACAUUGCUUUGUUGUGAAAUGUCUCUACUGUAGAAUGUCAAAGAAAAAAUGAAAUAUAAAAUGGCUAUUCAGUCAUAAGGAAUUAAGAUUUUUCUCUCUAACUUAUGUCCUUGAUAUGAACCUCUCUGCAUAACCAUUAAGAUGGCUCCUACUUCCAAUGAAGUUGUAAGUUGAACUAUCUUUGUGUAAUCUUUCUCCAUAAGUGGUGAACUGGGGAGAGGUGGAAAAAUGUAAAUACUUAGAUACAAACAAGUAUAAUCCUUCACUCUUUGAAGCUGAGAAAAUAAAUGCUAUAAAAUGCAGGGAUUAUUCCCUAUAUCCAUUACAUCAUGGGUGGAAAUUUUAAAUUGACCAUCCUCUUCUGUUCUGAUCAAUUAUUCCUUCUUGGCCUACAGAAUUUUACUUUGUGUUGUAGUGGGCAUUUUGACUGUUUUCAGCCCUGGCGCAUGCUUAGCUUAAAGACCAGUCAGUUGCAAGGGUACUUCACAUCCCAUGUCUUACUCCUCAUGCCCAUCAUGCAAUACAGUCCUGCUGUCUAGGAAUAUUAAAUCCUAGAUGUAUGCUGCUAAUAUAGGCAAUGGGCACAUUGGAAGACUGAGUUUACCAGAAGGAACUGCACGCUCAUGCUCAUAUCUCAACUUGAUGCCAUCUGUUUUUCAUGGCUUUUUGUAACUUGCACCUUCUCUGCUAAUAGGACAAAAUUAUACCCUACAGUAAAGCUGGAUUUACGAUCUGUUGCCACUUUUUUAUGAACUUGUGGCAUACAUGAAUUAUGUAUGUGGCCUUCAUGCAAAAGCUGAUAGUAAAAUCCGGUUGCUGAACUUUGGUAUAACAGUACCUCACUGAUAAAAGCCAUGUAAGAAAUGCCUAUCAUAAACCUCUUGCUCUAGUGUGUGUGUGUGUGUGUGUGUGUGUGUGUGUACGUACUCAGUUUUUAUGCAGAUAAUUAUACUUUGUAAAAUCCAAGUUUUUACUCUUUAUGAAAUAUUGUGUAUCUGGUAACUUUUGCACCCUUAAAUACAGAAAAUAGUCCACAAGAUGGAAGUAAGUAAUAAAAGCUUUGAUGAAAGAAUUAAUACUGUAUGGUAGGUGUUAGGAAUCUUACAUUUAAGAUAGGUCUGCUCAUAGUGAUCAGGAAUGUUUAACUGGGUUGCUAAAGAGAAAUCUUAAACUUGCACUGAAUUAUAUUCCUUAUGGACAGCUGAUCCUGUGUCUUUUCUUGCUUCUCUGUAACUGUUAUGAACCAAGAUUGAUCUGCUAUAAAAUGAAAUACAUUUAUCAGGGGAAAGAUGAUGGAUUUAUGCAGCUAGAUGCCAAACGUAAGCUUCUCAAGUCUUGGUUGCCUUACAUCUUAAUAGUGAAGACUGUUAAGUAAUUUAAGCUCUCAAUAUUUUAUUUUUAAAAUACACUAGCACUACACUUACUUUCAUAAUAUGUAUGAGCCUUCUUUAAAACUAGCACUUGCCAGAAUUGGCUGUCUUGCACUCAUGUCUUUAAAACAAAUAGAUUUUUAAUUACUGUAAUUCAAAAUCAAGUGUCUCAAUGUAUGUUGUAAUCCCUCUACAGAGUAGUUCAACCCAAGCAUUUUGUGGGAAACAGUGAUCUUCUCUUCUAAGAUUAUAACUACUUGGAGUUUAAAUUUUUAAACACUGCUAUUGGAAACUUUAUUUUUAUAUAUGCAAGAUUCAAUUUGUGCUUUUGACAGUCAGGUUAUUCAACUGUUAUAUGUUCAGUCAUGACAGUUACAUAUUUAUGUAGGAAAAUUGAUGUCAAAUAUCUUUGUAUAGAACAUUCUCAAAUGGCUUUGUAUAGAGGAGAUAUUUAUGUGCAGAAUGAAACAUGGGAACAUUUCUCUAUUGUAAAUGUAGAAUGAAUGCCAUUGUUAUGAGUUCUAUUUUCUGCACUGUGAGAUUGGAAAGUACUUAACUUUACAGACUUCUGGUUUUCUUUUUAUACCUCAAGUUUUUACACUGAAUGCAAGUUACAGACGCUUUAACAAUUUGUAUUUUUAAAAUCUUCCUAUUUCUCUUAAAUUGGCUGUUUAGAGAAUCUGUCAAUAAAAUGUACUGGCUUCUCUUUAAAUGAAAUAGUUUAAAUAUAUAUUUUUGUGUUGAGUACACACCAAGAAAUUUAAAAAACAGUUAAUUAGACAGACAAGGUUUUCUGUACUGGCACCACAUAAUUAUAGUGGAUAAACAUACUAUGCUUUUAAAGGUUUGUAUGUUUUGCUAACAAUGAUGCUAAUGUAGAACAAUACUCAUGCCUAUUAUUUCUUCUCUGUCUAUAGUGUGCAUCAGGGGUGUGCAACCUUUUUGCAUUCAUGACCCCUGGGCCCAAUAAAAUGGUUCCGGAAAAAUUUUCGUUGAGCCAAAAAAAAGCGUAGCCCCUCUAAUUGCUGUUCCACUCCUGCCACUCCCCUCACUCCUGCCGCCUGUCUGGGCACCAAGACGGCCAGCCCAGAUCAAGGUGCUGUAGCCCCCCUGGAGGACAGUUGUAACCUCCAAGGAGGUCGUGACUGCUGGUGUAUGUGAACUGUCAGUUUAAACUUUUGGGGAAUAAGGAGUCAUAAAAUGAGUGUCAUAAAAAUAGCAUCAGAAUAUCUCUUAAAAGCGGGAAAAUGUCCCUUCUACAAAAGGAAGAUAUUAGGCUUCUAGGUUGUGGUGCUUUAUGAUUCACAAAUGUGGUUUGAAGGCAUUUAAAAAGAGAAUUAGAAACUCAGCUUAGGACUUACCUACCCUAGAAGCCUUUGAUCAAGUCAUUUUUAAAUUGAUCUGAAGAGUCAAUGUGAAAAGCAGAAUAGAGGAAACAUUCUCCUUCAGAUAGUGUCCUUGUGUGCUCCACUUGGCUGUCAGUGCAUCCUUGGGCCAGUGAUUGGUGGUUUUUUUAUCCUAGCAGUGCCUUCCUGCGCUGUGCAUGCACAGUUGCCAUCUUGUACUAUUUUGUUAGCUGCACACGCAGUGCCAAUUCCUUGGUUCCAGGUCUACUGUCCUUGGCAGAAGACAAACUGAGUGCACCACCUUGAUUAAUUCAGUUCUUUAACUAUUUUUAGUCACCUAGUUUUUUUAACCAAGCCAUCUCUUCUCCCCUUCUCUAACCCUAACUCUCCCCUCCCCCAAGCCUUUUCUUCUCAUCCAGUCUCCCCAAUUACUUAAAGAUGCUGGGCUCCCCCAGCUUCAAAAAAUGUGACUUGUGCAGGGACUUCAUGGCCAUUUGGGACAGGCAUGCCUCCUGCAUAAGGUGUCAGAGAAGCUAGCAUGGCCAAAGCAUGACUGCGAGGGCCAGAAAAGACCAGGAGGUGAGUCUAAAGAACUUCCUCUGGGAGAAGUCUCCCCAACGGUGGAACCUGCAACUCUGAGUAAAAGAGCCCAUGUAUCUCUGCCCUGGUCUACGGUGGCACCAGAACAGUUGCUGACAAUAUCAGGCACCACCCAUUUGCCAGUUCUGUCCACAUCCCGCAUCAUGAAGUGGCACCAAUAGGCUUUGGAGCUGAAGGGUAAAUCAGGCUCCUCCGCACUGACUGAUGCAUGCUUGGGCCUAGCACCAAUGACCAAAGCAGAUAUGCCACCUCCUCUGGCACCUACAGACUGCAGCACACACUCAAGCUGCCUCUUCAUAGCAUAUGCUGGCAUUUGUUUUAACACUUACAUAAAUAGUUUCAAAGAUUUGACACCAGGCUUUCUCAGGUGUGAGGCCUUUCAAAUCGCAUGCAUUAGGAAGUCUCAAAAUGCCCACCAAAGAAAGCUGGAAAACCGAACUUGGAACAUAGUAAGCACAGCCUUUAAGCAAAAAAGCACAGUCUUUAAAAAAAAAAUCUUUCAUGAUGCAGGAAAACAUCAUGAGGUGCCAAAAAAUCCACCACUAUAAAUUAAAAAUCGUUGGUGGAUAUUUUUAAAUUAGGAGUGAGGAACCCUUUUUUGGGGGGAGGGGGUUCUGACUCACAAAAAAGUGAGAAAUAAACCAACCCUUGCUGACACAGCCCCCAACUGAGAAGGAGAAAGACACUCCUCAUAUUCCCUUCACGCACCACAGCCCUGGGGAGCCGAGGGUAGUAGAUUUUGUGUGCUCCAGCCCCAUGGGAGGACAGCGAUGGGGGCUGGAGUGCCAAUGCAGGUUUCCCAAUGCUGUGGGAGAGAAUCAAGAUGUAGGCAAGCUGGGGGCCACAUCUGGACCCCGGGCUUUCAUUACCACCCCUGCUUUAAACUAUCUGUAUAUUUUUAGACCCACAGUUUUGUGCCCCAAACCUUAUAAUUCUGAGACUCCAGUGUCUGCUUUUAGCUCUCAGUAGAGCUGCAUGUUAGCUACUUGUAGUAGUUUAUGAAUUAUGAUGGUAUACCAGAUCCUACUCAGAGCAGUGCCCUCUUCCCCAUUCAGCAAAUUAUAAUGAUCAGUAAACUUUGACCAUUUUUUACUCCUGUAACAGUUCCCUGAACACAACCAGGAACAGCAGUCUAUGCAGGUCAGUGUAUUUAGGGUGUGAAAAGCGAGACCAUCAGAAGAUUUAGUAAUAUUGGUUGCAGGCAGUUAAUUCUACAUAACACCAAACUGCUGAAGCCUGAAUUAAACUUUUCCCACUCACAUUAAAAAUCCAAGCACAUAAGAAAUUAGGGGUGGCCAAGUUUGAAUAAAAAAAAAAUGAUGGCGUCUACUUGAUUUUUUUUAUAUAUUUUCUCAGGUGACUCAAACUAACACUGUCUCUGGAUACUUUCCAUGUUGCACUUAAUAUUUUUUGCAUGAAUACACAGUUGCUGCCAAGAACAUUGUAAAUUUUUCUUUGGGCUGGGUGGAAAAUAAGACCUAGUAUAAGGUAGCUAUCUCAGUGUAGAUUCCUGCAUUCUGCCAUGGAGAGAGUUUGUCCUUUUCUGGGCAGAAUAAGAAGAGUAAACAAACCCCAUGCUAUUACAGUAAGGAAACAUUACUGAUAGGAAACAGCUGCACUGCCCAGGAGUGUUGCUUCCUGCUGGAGACCAGAGCUGAGUGCUAUUUUUAGGUCAGGACAAAAAUUAGACUCCAAUUGUUUUAGCUGAUGUGCUGGAUAUCAGUUGAGUUCAGUAAUUAUACAGGUAUGUUUAACUGAUUAUAAAAAUGAUUUAUUUAAGCCCCUGCUAUAAACCAUGGUUUUUCAGGCUUCUAACUUUCUUUUUCCUACAGAACAGUUGUCUCCCAUCCACUUCCCUAGCUCCUGAUAAACUCAGGGAGGAACAGCUCUGUGAAGGAAUGUUCAGUUAUCAAAGUUCACAACUGUUUGUCUUUCUUACUAGUUCUUCUCAUUCAAAAACUAUCAAACUGAGUAUUAAUGAGUCCUAGAACAGGGAUGUAGAACUUUUUUGGGUGGGGGGCUGCUGACCCAAAAAAAAUCAGAGGGGCCGCACACAAGUGAGAAACCAAACAAACCCUUACUGACAUGGCCUUCAACUGAGAAGGAAAAAGACACUUAUCACAUUCCCAAGCCUGGGAGGGCCUAGCUAGCAGAUUUUGUGUGCUCCAGCCCCAGAGCUGUGGAGGUGGUGACGG